CAAAACUUCCGAGUCAGAUGGGUAAAUAAGAACUAAUCUAUGGAUAUUAUAUCAAUUUACGGAACUUACUUAAACCCAACAAACCCCUAGAAGAGGAAAGAGAAAAAAUGAGACAAUGGAAAAUCAUAGCAAAGGAGGCCAUGGCUCGAGCUUCCAUUAUCGCUAAAUUCUUUGGCGUGCUACACGUCACCAACACCUAUGUACUAUCGUCCAACCAUGUUAUGGGUCCCAGUAUGCUCCCGACGUUAAGCAUUACCGGCGAUGUCGUACUUGUUGAACGCGUGUCUCACCGGUUAGGGAAACUGGGUUCGGGUGAUUUGGUUCUGGUUCGGUCGCCGCUCGAUCCUAAAAGGAACCUGACUAAGCGCAUUGUAGCCAUGGAAGGCGAUAAAGUUACCUUCUCGUUGGACCCCACUCGGAGCCACAGCUCUCGUUCUCUUGUGGUUCCAAAGGGGCAUGUUUGGAUUCAAGGGGAUAACUUGUAUGUUUCGCGUGAUUCGCGGCAUUUUGGUCCCUCUUCCUUAUGGGCUUAUUGAAGGAAAAGUUUUUAUGAGGGUAUGGCCACCUAGCAGCUUUGGUUUAUUGGGUCAAUGAGAGAAUGCAAUCAAGGCAUAUGGUUUGCUGUUCAUGCUUUUAAGAUACGGACAUGCGACAUCGUUUGACCGACAAAUGAAGAA